UGCAUUCCACUUCCAGCUAAUUUUCUCGAAUCUCUCUUUCAUUCUCUCAUCCUUGCCGCCUCAAUGAUUGGGAGAUAUUUUUAUAAAUCUAGGUCCUGAGGCCACCUGGGGAAAACAGCACCAAAUUCAGGCCACGUAACAAACCCAAGCCGAGGAAAAAGGACUUCGACAAUGAUGCGUCAUAUCACAACUAUCCACAAACAGAAACAAAGCAUAGGUCAUGACAGCGAAUCAGGACUAGCAGCUGAGAGACACAGGCUACAGACACCUGCUUCAUUCAUCAACUCUGGAUUUACAUCUAAAUCAUUUUUUUUUUUUUCCCAUUGGAAAGAAAUAUCAAUGAAAUGGUAAGAGCGGUUGGCACUCCGUCAGUCACUCAGCACCAUCUGUAUCUAUCUCAGCCAGUGUAAAUGAAGACGUACCAUGCACCUGGAUAUACGCUACUUUUAUAGUCCCAGUUUGAUCUAUUUUACUUACUGAGAAAUCUGUUCUUUUAAUCUGUGAUCAUGAUUAAAAGUGAAAACAAAAGUGAACGGACACUGAGAAGUGCAUCCCCUCACAGGAAUGCCUAUAAAUCAGACUUCCAUUCCAUCAAAUGCUCAUUUGAUGGGAGUGCAUCAAUCAGCUCGACUUCACCCUUCUCCAACGGAGGCAGCGACACCCGAGGCAGACCGUCAGGCAACAAAGUGAGCAAAAUAAAAAAUAUAUUCUUGCAUAUGGAUGGAAAACAGAAUCUGGACAGUCUCAAUAUCAGCAAACCCAUGUCACCCAAAUUUCCACUGGAUUCUACCCCUUACAGGUCCAGCCCAAGUAGUAUUACCAGUCUAGAUUCAGCCUCCUUUGAGGCCCGGAAAACAGAGGAUGUUUCCAUUGACAAGGCAGCACUGGCUGAGAAGUUCUCAAUGACCAGGAAGCUUUUUGAGAGCGGCCUUAAAGAACAGUCUCCAACGGAGAGAUCUAGCUCUCCUAAAGUUAUCUGGCCUCAGUUAGUGGAGAGAAAAGAGAGGAAAGUUUCAGUUACUGGAGAGAGAAAUUAUAAACUUAAAAAGAUAGAGAAACAGGCAAAAGAAAGUGAGGACAAGGAAAAAGGGAAACGUGAAAGUGAGACACCAUCACAUAACUUCAGCAUGUCAAUGAAUGCCGGGCCAAUAUCCAGACGUCUGGAGAGUUUUAUGUUGGACAGUGAUAGUGAAUCGCUGUCAGCUGCUCCUUCCACGGAAUCCCAUAGUCCCUUUAGUCAUUCCCAGUCCCCCUCCGCUGCUAGCAGCCAUUCGGAUACCCCUUCAUCACCAGACAGCUGUAGUUCCCCCACCUCGUAUUCCCUAUGGGCUGAUUCUCCUACUGAAACUUGUUUGCCCAAGUUAAAUGGUUCAGAUUCACACAGUACCCCUUUGAAUGUAAUCUGCAUGGAGAAGACAUUACAUAAUGCUAGUUCCACAGUUGAAGAACAUAUUAAGUCCUCAGAAGAUACAGUCUCAUCAGAACCCACUCUUCUGUAUACAAGCGAAAAGAUCCAAAACUUGUCUGUAAGGAGUACCACUAGUCAUGCAUCUGUAGCAGAAGAUCCUGCAUUUCAAGAGCAGCGAGAUGAAGACAAGAACAUUGAGAAAGUUCCUGGUUUGUCCACUGUCAGAGCCGAGCUGGUGGUUGUGAAAACCGGAUCUUCUGAAAGUGAAGGCAAUGAGGAGGAACAUGUUGAGGAUGAUGUUUUUGAAGAGUCUGGAAAGGAGAACCAAUCCCAGAAUCACAAUUCUGAGAUGGUGUUGACCAACAGCGAGGAGCUCCAAUUAACAUUCCUUGGGAAGGAAUCAAAACGGAGUAUUAGAGAACAUAACGAGGGAUGGAUGACAUAUGAGGAAUCUGCACAGACUGGAAAAGAGGAAGACCAUAGAAGGGAGGGAAGGUUUCUUGAGAAGGACAUAAUGGAGAAGGAAGACGAGGAAGAGGGGAUAAAAGACAAUGAGGAAGGAGAACUAAAGACAGACCAAACUGUAGAGGAGGCAGUACUGGAGACUGUUAGACAGCUGAAAGCUACCAAUGUUAAAGAUAAGGAACUGCAGGAUGAACAGAGAGAAGGAGAGGAUGAGGGAGUAGAGGAAGCUGUUGAAGAGGAUGACGAUGACCAAGAGAUGGAAGAUGUCUUAACAGGAAAAGACAGUCAACAUCAAGAUGAUCAGGGAUCGAUGGGGAAAAGAUCUUUAAUUUGUGGAAUUGAGAAUGCUGCCUUUGUGGAUGACAAGGACAACAGGACCGAUUUGGAAUGUCAAGUGAAGGAGGAAUUCCAGGAAUUUGAAGAACUCCCAGGACUCUCUGAUGAGGAAGAUCUCACUCCAAAGAGAAAGAUCAAGUUCUCUACUGCACCAAUCAAGGUGUACUUUACCUUCUCUGAUGAAGAUUAUGAUCGAAGGAAUGAUGAUGUGGACCCUGUGUCUGCAUCUGCUGAGUACGAGCUGGAAAAGAGGGUGGAAAAGAUGGAUUUUUUACCUAUAGACAUUCAAAAAGGAAACGAUGGCCUGGGAAUCAGUAUAAUUGGUAUGGGAGUUGGGGCAGAUCAAGGACUGGAGAAACUGGGGAUAUUUGUGAAGACCAUCACCGAGGGAGGUGCAGCUCACCGGGAUGGACGAAUUCGGGUAAAUGAUCAGAUUGUGGAAGUAGAUGGAAUCAGUCUGGUUGGUGUCGCUCAACUCUUUGCUGCUACCACACUGAAGAACACCAAAGGUCUGGUAAAGUUUCUCAUUGGCCGGGAGAAACCUGGUGUGGAGAGUGAAGUGGCCCGUCUGAUCAUCGAGACUCUACAAGAUGUGACAAGCCCUGAAAACCAGGAGCCAAAAGAUGAAGACCACCACCAGCCCCAAAACCAUCAGCUGCAGGAUGACAAACAGAUUUCGCAAAUCCAUGACCAAUAUCACGAUCAACUGGAAAUUGAACCACUGACUGAUAAGAGUGUUGUGCAACAGAAAGAGGGGGGUGAAAGGAAGCAGGGGGCGGAGGAUGCAUCAAAUGAUUUGGCACAAGAAGUGGUUUCACAACUGUGCAGCCAAGGCAUUGAUCUAAUGGAAGAUAUUGAUCCUGCUGAACUAGAACAAAAAUUCAAAGAGCUGCAGAUAAAACACAGCGUCACAGUAACAGAACUCAAUCAGAUGAGAGAGAAGCUACAUGUGAGAGAAGCUGAACGCAAGUCUUGGGAGACUCGAGGUGCAGCUCUUGAAAGGAGUGUGGAAGAGAGCAGGGAGCGCAUUGAAAAGUUGGAAAAAUGCUGGCUUGAUGCUCAGGCCCUCUGUAAAACCAUCAAUCAGCGUUUGAAUGAAGCCCAGAGUCAAAAUGAUUCCCUGCAGCUCAAAUACAAUAAGACCAUCACGCUUCUACAGGAGCAUCAACAGAGAGAGACUGAAGGUGCAAGGAAAGAGGCGGAGCUGAAGAGAAAACUGGAGCAAAAGGAGAGCGAGUACAAGAUCACUGUGAGGCAGUUGCAGCAUAAGAUAGCUUGUCUGGAGGGUCGAACAGGAUCAGACCAGCCAGAAGAGUCUUGCAGUCCUAUAGGAGAGAGUCAACCUAGCAGUCCAAACUCUGGUUCCUCUGAAAGAAAUGGACUAUCUACAGAUGACCUUCACUCUGAUGCAGACUGGGGAGAUGUUCCUCAGACGGCUCGCCUGGACUGCAGUGUCUACAGAGCCAAAGCUAAACUAGCACAGGGAUCUCAGCGCAAGCGGCCUUCCCGAAAUAAACUCAGAGAGUCAGCGAGAGGCCCACAGACACCAAGCCAAUCACAGGAAUCUAUGUGCAUACAAGAUAACAAACAGGAAAGAGCAAACAGUGAAAGAAGGAGGUCUUACCUCGAGAGCCUACCCAUACCUGUUCCAUCUAUACAGUUUGGACACGACCAUACACAUGAACCAAGAAGUGAAGGCAGAGAUGAUGUAUUUAAUCAGAGCCAAACACCCCAAGGAAGCAGCAGCACACAUGCCAGCCUGUCUCCACCUAAAGACUCCUCCACUCCUCAGUCCCCAUCCUCCUCACAGUCCUCCUCUAGUAUGUUCCUAAACCUGAGAAACAGGAGGAGCGAAGGCAAGGAGCGCAGCAAGAGCAGCGCGAGCAGAGAUGAAGAGAGUGAUGGUUCACCAACGCGAAAGACCAAAAGACGAUUCCCGGAUUUCAGUGGUAUCCGCAGAUCUGGAGGCAAAGGCAAAAAACAGGAGAGCAUCACACUAAGAGGAUCUGUAGGGAGCAGGGGAUCAGGAGAGUUACUGGAUGAGUCCAGCGGCAAUGUUUCCCCCUCUGACUCCAUCUCUUCCAUCCCUUCCUGUAUGCCAUUUUCCUGGUUUGGGGACAGGGAGAGGGAAAGAGAGCGAGAAAAAGGCCGUUCUGCAUCCAGUAGCAGUCUGCCCCGAAUUCCUUCAGAUGGAUACAUAGAGGAUCGUGCAAACAAGAGCUUGUCUGUGACGGAUGAUUCGAUCGCAGGUAGCCCUGUUGUGUUGGCAGGGUUACUCAAAGAGCCCCGUCUCCUCGGGCGUUCGCACACACAUACCUUCUCCUCCUGUGAGACCCUUGAUGAUGGCCCUCUUCCAGCGGCAAAGCAGUACAUGUGGCAGAACCGCCCACUUUCCGAGUGGACCAAUCAGCAGAUCUGCCACUGGUUGAUGGGCAUGGAUAUGGAACAGUAUAUAACAGAGUUCACAGCUAAAGGUGUGGAUGGCCAACAUCUCUUGUGCAUGGACAGCAGUAAACUUAAGGAGCUUGGUGUUUCUAGUCAAAGAGAUCGCUCCACUAUUAAGAGGAGAAUAAAAGAGAUGAAGAAGGCUCAGGAAAAACUUGAAAAGCAGCAAGUAAAAAAAGAACGGGGGAGAGAGAAAGAGGCCAAGAUUAAAAGCGACCGACCAACAAACCACGAGUCGGCCUGCUGAGGUAGAAACAACGUCAAGGGCUGCAAAUGUGCACGCUCUCCGUCCCAAGUAACGAUCAUUUGUGCUGAUAGAAAUGGAGUAGACUGUCUCUCACACACACAGAUGAUUUGUAGACUGCUGAGAAAGUAACAACAUGGGUGAACACGUCAAAAUACCAGAGUGUUUCUGCCAGCAAAGCCUGACAGAACACAUAUUACUUUGAUAUGGGUGUUAUUAGUGUCUCUUUUUGACACAACCCAGGAGUUAAAGAAUUGAUUCCUGUCCAUGACACUGGCAUUCAAUAUGCAUAAUGGCACUUUGAGAAAAUAGGAACUUAAUCUAACUGUCCAGAAAGGAUAUUAUAUUGCCUUUAACUGAUUUGCUUGAAGACUAUGAGUGUUCAGUGUUACAAGAUGCUGCACAUGGUACUAAAAACGAUUUUACAGCUGUCCACCAGAAGGCACCGAUGUGAAAUAUCCAGCAGUCGGUAAAGAUGCUGAGAUUAAUCUCGUUCUUUAGUCUUAAAUACACUCUGCACUUCAGCCAGAAGUCAGUCCACGUGUGAAUGUCCCAUGUGAUGCGCACACAUUCCCAGGGUUAAUAGAGCACAUCAGGUAAGCUUCGGCUCCCUCUCCCUAGUGUGCACUUUUAAGUGAGCACUUCACCACCUUAGACUUCUUUUCUUUUUUUUUUUUUUGGAAAGAAUCAUUCUUUUUUUUUUAAGUCUACUGUACAUAACUCAUAGUAAUGUACGUUUUACUGCAGAGAGGAGAGUAAUUCAUUGUCUUCUAUGUGACAAAUGAUGAUGAUUUUACAUGUGUAUUAAUAAAUAUUUUACAAUUA